ACAAGUGUCUUCUGCAUAAAAAUCGGAUUUUAUAAAUAAAGAUGUGAUACAAAAAUAUAAAUUAACAUUCCAUAUAUUUUACUCAGAGUAGUACUUAACACAGUAUAAUUGAAUCCGUCUUAAUAGUGGCAUUUAACAAAAUGGGUAAUCGAGAUAUUUUCAAUUCAAGAAAUUCUGCAUUCAGCCCUCACAGGCUACGCGAUUGGGAGAUGGGAUUUCAGAAGCCCAUAGGGGCGGACGAUGCGAUGGCAAAGAGUCUGUACUGUGGUAUGAAACCCAUAGCUUCAUGGGAAUCUGACAAUACAAGAACUCCUCCCACUGGAGGAGUUUUUAACCUUGAAUUUUCACCUGACGGAUCACUGUUAGUGGCUGCUUGUGAAAAGAAAUCCUUACAAAUCUUUGAUCCUUUAACACACCAAAGGACACAUUGUGUGACCGAAGCACAUUCGGAUUGUGUAAAUUGUGUUAAAUUCUUAGACGCUAGGAUGUUUGCCACAUGCUCCGAUGACACAACAGUAGCACUAUGGGAUGUACGUAACAUGAAGAAGAAGAUACGUUCCCUCUUAGGUCAUCUGAGAUGGGUCAAAAGUAUAGAAUUCUCGGUUAAAGAUAAAUUAUUAGUUACGUCUGGUUUGGAUGGCAGCAUAUACACAUGGGAUAUAAAUUCAUAUACAGAAUGUAAUCUUGUAUACCAAAGAGUAUUUCAUACGUCUAGUUUGAUGAGGUGUCGCCUUUCGCCCGACGCAAGGAAAAUGGUGCUGUGCACAACUGGAGGUUUAAUAAUUAUUAUACACGACCUUAAUUUAUCAACUUUAGCUCAAGAUUUACAUGGGUUCAAGCCGAACCUGUACAAACUGAUGCAAAUGAGCAAACAGCUGAUACCGAUAGCAGCAAUGUACGAUCAUCUCUUUGAUAGUACACGGAAGGAGAACAGAAUUGAGUUUGUCUCGGACUUCCCCGACGGUAAUGAUGCGGAGGUCAUCAGUGCAUUGCAGAUACACCCGCAAGGAUGGAGUGCGUUAAGUCGGAAUCUAAGUCACGAGGAUAGGUCCGAGUGGACGUGCAUUCACGACAUCCAGCCGGAGGACGCGUGCCCGACGAAGCCGACGCGCGACACGAGCGCCCCCCCGCCGCGCCGCAACAUGCGUCGCUUCCGUCUGCACCUGCGACUGCGACCUUCUCGGACGGAGACUGCAGCAGCUCCGAGUGAGGCGGAUCCGGAGCCCGAGCCGGGCCCGUCCGGCGCCGCCGCCUCCGCCACCUCCAGGCUCUCGCCGCAAGGCCUGUCGAGUAUACAAAACGACCUGUGGGAGGCGUCGAUAACGGUUAAACAAAACAGAAUGCUUCAAGACAUUUAUAGCAGGGCUAGCAGGGGCCAGGUACGUCGUAACUUCAACAUGCAGCGGAUAACCGGGAUUAAUACAGGGAUCACUCCGCCCUCGACGCUUCGAGCGAGGCACCCAAGAGAUUCCACAUUUACGACGCCUUCGACAUCCGGCCACUACCCACGCGAAGUCAUCAUAGAUAAAUGCGUUUCAUCGAAACCCUUCAUCAGACAGAACAAGGAUAGACUGCUUUACUACAUUGAAGAAACGAAUGAAGGCAGAGGAUUCAUAAAGGAAUUGUGUUACUCUGCGGACGGUCGCAUCGUGUGUUCGCCAUUCGGGUGCGGCAUGCGGCUCCUGGCGCUCAACCAGCAGUGCAGCGAGCUCCCCCACCUCGUCCAGGACUCGUCGGGGCCCAGGGUCAUGACCGAAGUUGGCCAGAGUUUGGGCAUUCACCAAGAUCUCGUAGUUAGUUCGCGGUUCAGUCCUCGAUAUCACAUGCUCGUCACGGGCUGUCUAGACGGCAAGAUAGUCUGGUACCAGCCGUACAGCGGAGAAGAUUUGUAUUAAAAUAGAUACUUAAAUACAAUUUCGGAAAUCA